GUGACAGCGGGUCGAUACUCUCACUUGUCGCCUGAUACCUACACGAGGAGCAAUAGGUAGAGCGUACCAUAAUUAUUCUUCUCCCUGGAAUGGUACCACACAAUUGACACUAGAGAAUACAGAAACCACAGAAUCCCAAACAAAAGUCUUAACUACUGACAAUUCCUACUUAAUUUAGAGAUUUAUCCCAGAGAACAAAUCGGGAGCUACGAGCGGUUGAAGCUUUCGCCAACUAUUGAUUGAGGUGGAGCCUGGUCCGCCGUCCAGAUGCUACUGUCCAGUGUCUUUGGGUCCUCCGUAAGAAACUACGAAGGAUAGAGAAAAAAAUGGAUUAGGAGGGUCGAGAUAAAACUCGUCACGAUGCGCCCCGCUGUAUACGCCAGUGUGGUCCGCAAUAGGCACAAAUCACGCGGGGAUCGCGCCCAUCGCAUGCAGCCCCACGGCUUCUCCAUGAGAAGACUUUUAGCCGUGGUUUUUGUAGGUGCUAUACUUCUUGCUCCAGGUUUGACCUUGACCGUCCUUGGCCUAGAUGACACACAAGAUGAAAAUGAACGAGUUGCUCAAUCUGAAAGAGUCCUUUAUAAAGUCCUAGGUCCGAUCGCCUGUGCCGUGGGUAGUUUUAUUCUGGUGGCGGCCGUGUUCUACUAUUUCUGUUACGGACUGGCGGACCAGACCCGCCGACAGAGACACUCCUCAUCUUCAAAAUCAAAUACAAGUCAUCAUGGUGUAACGGCCUACUCCAGUGUCAACAGUGAUAGGCCGCAGGAGAACCAGGAGCUUCCGCUUAACUCCUCCAGCAAAAGCAGACGACAUUCCUCUCAUACGUCACUACAACGUCAUCACCAUCAGGAUAAAGAGGCAGGGUCUGGUCAGGAAAAAACUCAAAGGUCCCCAGAAGAGAUGGAAAUCAAUGUGGCGACAGCCAACGAGGAAGCAAUACAUUCUCAGUGGGAGCAGUAGGGUAUUCCUGAUCAUUCGCCAUGUAGCAAUUGUCUGAAAACAAAACAAUCAGAAAUUCUCACAGGGAUAUAUUUGUAUGAAAUUGUCACCUUAUUCUCAACGGACGCAUUUGGAGAAAAAAGACUCUCGUCUGAAGAAGGAUGUUUUUUAAAUACUUGAGUAGAAAGUCUACCCAGUGGCCUUGGUAAACAAACUGACCUUCGGUUUAACGAAGUCCUCACAUAUGAACCAAAGAAUAUUGGCGUUUUUAUAGGACGACAUUAAUAUCCACUUUGUAGAAACAUAUGUGUAUAUAUUUAUACAUAUAUUAAAUUUCAACAAAAUUUUAUUAGGUUUCUUGUAACCUUGCACAUAUCAGUUUUCUAGGAUAAAGCCUAAUGGUUUGUAUGGGUAUUCAGUGUCAUUGUAAAAUCCUUAUUGUCCGAUGUAAGCAUUUAUAUGUAUAUAUCUGAAACAUUGAUACAUUGUAAUUUGGUACAGGCCCAUGUGAAAAUACUUAUCAUGUAUCAAAACAUAAGUCCGCUGAGGCAUAUAUGUUCAUUCUAGAUAUUUACAUGUUUUUUUGUUUCAAUAUUCACUAGUAUCCAUUGACAAUGUUAUAUUUUAAAAGUAUUAAUUUUAUUUUAUAUCCAUUCUAGUAUUUCAAUAACUCUAUAUCUUGUAAAAUUAUUUUCCUUCUCUGGCUACUCAGACACGUAAUAUCAGGAAGGGAGCAUCAAGUUAUUCACUAUUAAAAAUAAUCAUUGAAAGGCUUUUUGUCCCCCCCCCUCAUUUAUUGUAGUGGUGUAGUCAAAAGAAAUUACUGUGGUAAUUUAUGAAGUUGGUUAUGAAAAAAGUUUGAACCUAUCCCCCCCCCCCCCUGUCCAUCGAAUGGAGAUUUUUGCAAAGUUGUAUUUCCGAGUUCGGAGAAUUUCCUAGUUAUUUUUUCUGUUUCUUUUCGUGCCCAACCCCUCCUUUAAAAAACGAUACUACGUGCCUGCUUCUUCAUUAAUUCUGUUGCAUAUCGUUUUUAAAAUUUCAAAGUAAAAAAUGUAACUGAAAACAGUACAACUACAGCGUUCAAUACAACAUACAAGAAUUUAUUUCAAAUCUUUACCAAUAUCAUUAAAAUAUCAAGAAUUAUUCUCAUAAUCGUAGUUGUAAAUUCUGUGUCAGCAGCCUUCUACUUCAAUAAGUGAACGAGACAGAUAUAUACAAGUCCCAGAAACCCAUCGUUCUGACAAAAAGAUACGGGUUAAUUGUAAUGCCACAUGAUGACACUUGUAAAUGUCAGGGCCUCCUGAGUUUGAUGUUUUGCGUUAGCUCUGUACACUGUAAUGCAUACCGUCUAUUACUUUAUUGGUGACAAGGGACCAAGAAGCUCAAGGCGCUAAAUGGUGUAACAGGAACGGAGGAUCUGAGCUGUCUCCGUACUUUUCAUUAUGUCGAAUUUUUCUUUCCUUUUUUUUGAAUUAAUAUAAAAUAAUAUAUGUUAGGAAAAGAAGACCAGCUUGCAAAAAAAUUCACAGACUUUUAAACCAUAAAAAUCAUUCAAGAUGUGCUUCAAGACACGGGAUAUCCCGCGCCUCCUUUUAUCAUAGAAUUUUUGUACAAGUGUUACAGAAAGAGCUAAUUUCGUAUUUUUUUCAUGUUUCAAUAUAUUUCAAAUAUUCCAAAAACAUACUACAGUAUCAAAAAUACUUUUGUAAAUAGCACAACAGGGUAAACUUUUCACCUGCAGUUGGAUUUUCAUGCUCAAAUCACCAAGCCAUGCACAGCCGCACUGUUCUGUUGCGAAGUGGACUGGCUUUCUCCUUCGUGUAGACAAAGGCGAAAACCUUUUCAAUUUUCUAAAAAAAUAUGUUAUUAUAUUGUGCUUGUUAAAUUUUUUUUUAUUUUAAUUCGAUUUUAUAUAUGUCACUUACAUACGCCGUUUGCAGGCAUUUCGACACAGGGUAUUAUACUCGAUCUCUCGAAUUUCGAGGGUUAUAUACUCGAUCUCUCGGAUUUCGAGUCUCAUAUACAAAGUUCAUUGUACGACAGAACGAACAAAUCUGAGCUUCUGGGAAUAUACAUCAAAACAGUCCCUAUUGUUGUGGCAGUAGAUUUAAUUUUGUUUUAUUAAGUUUACUUGUUUUCAUACUGCCUUUGUAUGUCAAAAAACCCAAUAUUUUAUUGUGAAUAAAAUUAACACAUACCUAUGA